UCCGCGGUCCUGCUACUCGUAGCUGCUCGCUCCCGCUGGCUUCCUCUGGCAGCAAACUAGGCGGAGUCCCGGGGCCGGGUCCCUGUUCCCGCCAUGAGUCUCGCGCGGCCGAGCGCCCCAACAGUGCUGUGUCUCAUUGGCGGUCUGUACCUGCUGCUGCUGUGGCCACCAGCUGCACGGGGUGACUGCAGCCCUCCCUCAGAAGUACCUAAUGCCCACCCAGACUUGAAAGGUCUUUCAAGUUUCCCUGUGAAUAGCACAGUAACAUACAGAUGUAAUGAAGACUUUGUAAAAAUUCCUGGCCAGACAGACACAGUGAUCUGUCUUGAGAAUGAUCAAUGGUCAGAGAUUUCAGAAUUCUGUAAUCGUAGCUGUGAUGUUCCACCCCACCUACGGUUUGCAAUGCUCAAAAGGCCUUAUAGCAACCAGAAUUAUUUUCCAGUCGGGUCCACUGUGGAAUAUGAGUGCCGUUUGGGGUACAGAAGGGUCAUUGGUCUAUCAGGAACACUAACUUGCCUUCAGAAUUUCACAUGGUCCAAACCAGCUGACUUUUGUACGAAAAAAUCAUGUCCUAACCCUGGAGAAUUAAUAAAUGGUCACAUCAAUGGAACAACUGACUUUUUAUUUGGUGCAACCAUCUACUUCUCAUGUAAUACAGGGUACAAACUAAUCGGUGAAAAAUCUAGUCUCUGUGUUAUUAUGGGUGACAAUGUUGGGUGGACUGAACAACUUCCAGUUUGCAGAGAAAUUUAUUGUCAAGAACCACCAAAAAUUGAGAACGGAAGAAUAGUUCGAGGAGAACGUGAACAAUAUGUAUACAGUCAAGCUGUAAUGUAUGCGUGUAAUAGAGGCUUUACCCUGAUUGGAGAGGACACUAUUCACUGUUCUGCAAGAGGCGAUGAAGGAGAAUGGAGUGGCCCAGCACCUCAAUGCCGAGGAAGAUCUCCACCUGCCACGUCCCCACCAGUUUCUAAACCUACCACUGCAAAUGUUCCAGCAACCCAGGGUGAACUUCUUUCCAGGACAACCACGCGUUCUCAUGCAACAAGUAUACCAAAAGAAGGAAUGAUCCCUUCAGAUUCUUCCUUACUUAUAGCUGGAAUUGUUGCUGGUGUUGUAAUAAUCGCUUCCAUAGGUGUAGGUGUGGGACUGUGGAAAUUCAGGGAUCAUUGUCGCCGCCGGUAACUGAAAGCAUGGAUGAGGGAACUACUGUAUUUCUGUUUCAUUGUAUUUGGGGAUUUUGCGGUAAACCUACUUGUUCAAUUUCUCAAUCAGAGGGAAAUUCUUGGAAACAUCUAAGAAAGAAUUUGCUUUUUACGUGUACAUAUAAAAAACACUCCACUUGCCUUAUUUUAGAAGUAUAAAGUGUGGAGGGUAAGAGUUAACUUUAUGUAAGCCUGGUUAGCUUUUUUAUCUAAUACUCAUUUAAUUAAAUAUUUCAUUUCAACAGAGGAUAUAGUUAAUGAAUAUGAAAGUGAGACUAACUUCAUCUAGUGAUUUUUUGUGUUUGUCUAGCAGAGGAUUUAUUUAUUUCUUUUAGAAGCAUUGCAUUUGUAUGAUAAAAUUUAGUUUAGGGAUGGCAGUGUAAGCGACUGC